AUGCCCGAAUUUCCAUCACUGGGCCACGAACUGACAGACUUACUUUUGCCCGCAAACAAACAGCCGCGCAGCAAGAGGCAAAGCAAUUAUCCUCUUGACCCGCACCAAUAUCCGAAACUCGAAACUGAUGAUAUGGACGUCAUUGGGGUUACAACAACCCUUGUUCAAGAAGAAAAUGCAUCCAAAAUCAAUUGUAUUUCCUCGGUUGUUGGAGGCUGGAACUAUGAGUCCGAGGAUGGAACAGCCCACCAAAUAUCACGAGAUUUGGGAUUCACGUCACGCGAGGUUAUUAGUUCGACCAACAACAGCCAUAAAAUUUCUGAUCGACUCUCCGAGGAUCGGCGAUAUGUCUUCUGGUGCAACUCUAGACUAAUGCCGUGA